ACACUCUCUUUAUAUCACUUUGUUGAAUCCAAAACAACACAAAUAUCUCUGUUUUUUUUCUCUAAAAACCCAAAAAAUGGUUAAGUGUCGUAAACCUCCAAGUGGUCGUACAAAUUUAGCUUCAUGUAUAGUUGCAACCAUUUUCUUAAUUUUCAUCUUCAUUAUCAUCUUCAUCCUUUACUUCACUCUUUUCAAACCCAAAUCUCCCGUUAUCACCGUUAACUCCAUUCAGCUUCCCUCUUUCUCUACCUCUAACGGCACCGUUAACUUCACCUUUUCUCAAUACGUCUCAAUCCAAAACCCAAAUCACGACGAAUUUGCACACUAUGAUAGUUCUCUUCAGCUGCUUUAUUCGGGUAAUCGAAUCGGGUUCAUGUUCGUACCCGCCGGAAAAAUUAAUUCGGGUCGGACCCAGUAUAUGGCGGCGACUUUUACGGUGAAGGCGUUUCCGUUAACGGUGAAUGGGCAACCGGAGAGUGUAGGUGGGCCGACGGUGACGGAUGGGUUGAGUGCGUUUCGGGUCGGACCUAGUAUGGAGGUGGAGUCUAGAUUGGAAAUGGCGGGUCGGGUUAGAGUGCUCCAUUUUUUUACACAUCAUGUGGAGAGUAAAGCUGAAUGUAGAAUUGGUAUCUCUGUGAGUGAUGGAUCUGUGACAGCUUUCCACUGUUAGUUUGUUCUGUCUUUUUAAAAACUCGGAAAAUCUGUAAUUGCUAUUCUUUGAGUGUGAACGGAAUAGAUCCGCUCCAUUGCAAUAGCUCGCAAAUAUAUUAAUUUUUAGUAUUAAGUUUUGAGUUAAUUUUAUUUUCUUUUGGUUUAGUUUAUUUUUUUGUUUGGCGAUGAAUUUUCAGAGUAACUGUAAAUAAAUGUUUGUCUUA